AUGAAAAACAAUGAUAAAUCAAGAUUGGAAGGCUAUGCUCCUAAGACCGAAGCACAAGCCGUGCCAGUGUUCCUACCCCUAGCUAUGCAGACGCGUGAGGGGCUGUUCAUUCUCCUGUGCCCCCAAUGCGGUUCCCAUACAGAUGGAUACUUCAGAUGCAGUAGAACUGCUCAGAGGGAUCGGCGACGUUGCGGUGGAAUGGCUCCUCAGAUGGUCGGAGGUUGUGCUUCUGCUUUGCAAUACACGACACUCGCAGCAAGUUGGUAUCUGCCCAGCACUAUGCGCUACUAA